AUGUCACCUAUGGAAUGUUCUGAGUGUUUUGGUGACCAGCUUCUGCACAGGAGUUAUACUUGGCACCUCACACUGCACUCAAGGCCACAUUUUACAAGAAAAGGAGAUACCAGAGCUGAAAACCUAGAAAUUCCUAUCAAUGUGGUUCUACCUCAGAGGGGCACAGCCGAGCCUUUUUUGAGGCUCCACAACUUGUACCCCACCCCGCGCUGCUCCAGGCAGGCUGCCCUGCCCAGGCUGAGCCGCAGGGUGGUCAGCCAGCACUCCUACCCACUGAACCGCUUCUCCUCUGUGCCCUUGGACCCCAUGGAGCGCCCCACCUCCCAGGUGGACCUGGAGCUGGAUUACAACCCUCCCCGGGUUCAGCUCAGUGAUGAGAUGUUUGUCUUCCAAGAUGGGCGCUGGGUGAAUGAGAACUGCCGCCUGCAGUCUCCCUACUUUUCUCCUUCCCCUUCCUUCCACCACAAGCUGCAUCACAAGAGGCUGGCCAAGGAGUACUUACUGCAGGAGGAGAACAAGUCUCUGCGGGAGGAGAACAAGUCUCUGCGGGAGGAGAAUAAGACCCUCCGCAAGGAGAACAAGAUCCUGCAGGUCUUCUGGGAGGAACGCAAGGCGGCCCCAGGCCGGGAGGAGAGCAGAGCCUCCUCUCCACUGCUGCACAAGGACAACUCGCCCCUGGAAGUGGUGAAGAAGGACAACACUGCCCUGCAAGUGCAUCGCGGCAAGGAGAACAGCACCCUUCAGCUCCUCAGAGAGGAGAACCGGGCCCUGCAGCAGCUGCUGGAACAGAGAAAGGCCUACUGGGCCCAGACAGAAGAGAAGACAGUACCUGAGGAGGAAAACCAGUCAGUAGCUUUACCUCACGAGGAGGCUCAUGGCCCCGGGCUGCUGCCAGACCAGGGCACUGGCCUCUCCUUGCCCUUUGAGGAUCCCAAGGGGCCCUCGGCCCCACAGGACGACUCCAAGACACUCCGAGCGCUGCGCGAGAUGGUCAACAACCUGACUUCCGGGGAGGGAGAGAGCAAGGCGGGCCCAGGCCUGAUGGACAGCAGCCAGUCCCUGGAGCUGCUGCGAGAGAUGAACCAGGCACUGCAGGCUCUGCGGGAGGAGAACCAGAGCCUGCAGCUCCUCCGCGAGGAGAACCGACUUCUGCAGGAGGAGAACAGGGCCCUGCACGUGCUGCGAGAGGAGCACAGGAUCUUCCAGGAGGAGAACAAGGCCCUGUGGGAGAACAACAAACUGAAGCUGCAGCAGAAGCUGGUCAUUGACACCGUGACCGAGGUCACCGCGCGCAUGGAGAUGCUCAUCGAGGAGCUCUAUGCCUUCAUGCCUGCCAAGACCAAGGACCCCAAGAAACCCAGCAGGGUCUGA